AUGCUCUUCGACUAUUCCUUUUCGGAGAACGAGGGCGUCGAGUUCAACGAUCCCGCCUCGACUGCCGCGCGACAACGCGACGAUGCUGCCGUUGCGUUCUGCGAUGCGCUGCAAGCCAACAUGACGCUGACGGACCUCAUUAUCACCAACGCCCACAGCCUCGGUGGCUUCCACGGCCGCACGCUCCCAGUGUCGUUGAAGACCUUGAAUUGGGAGGGUUGCUCGAAUGGUGUUGGCGACGACGCAACGGUGACGAACCUUGCGACCGCCGUCUGCAGCACGAAGCUCAAGCACUUCGAGAGCAGCGUCUUUGGCCAACUGGCGACACGUUCGGCCGCGGCGCCAACGCUUGCACAACUCAAGUCGCUCGUCGUCGUCGACCGACUGGAUGUCAACCACACAGAUGCAUUGAUUGCGGGCUUGUCCCGGCGCUGA